AAUCUUUCUAUUCUCGCUUCCCGUGCAGAAGGUCCUUCCCUUAGCUUCAUCAUGGCAAACGUUGUCGAUACUAAAUUAUAUGACAUCCUAGGUGUGUCCCCCACUGCCACUGAAAAUGAGUUGAAAAAGUCAUACCGGAAGCUAGCAAAGGAAUAUCACCCCGAUAAAAACCCAAAUGCUGGCGACAAGUUCAAGGAGAUCAGUUUUGCAUAUGAAGUGUUGACUAAUCCAGAGAAAAAGGAGCUAUAUGAUCGCUAUGGGGAGCAGGGACUGCGGGAAGGAGGUGGAGGUGGUGGGGGAAUGGAUGACAUCUUUUCACACAUCUUCGGCGGCGGACUCUUUGGCUUCAUGGGCGGGCAGGGGCGCAGCCGAAAUGGUGGUAGACGAAGAGGAGAGGACAUGGUUCACCCACUCAAAGUUUCACUGGAAGACCUGUACAAUGGAAAAACAACUAAACUGCAGCUGAGCAAGAAUGUUCUUUGUGGCACUUGUAAUGGCCAGGGUGGGAAGACUGGCGCAGUUCAGAAGUGUGUGGCCUGCAGGGGGCGUGGUAUGCGCAUCAUGAUCAGACAGUUGGCUCCUGGGAUGGUCCAACAAAUGCAGUCAGUUUGUACUGAUUGUAAUGGAGAAGGUGAGGUCAUCAAUGAGAAAGACCGCUGUAAAAAGUGUGAGGGCAAGAAGGUUAGCAAGGAGGUGAAAAUCCUGGAGGUCCAUGUCGACAAGGGCAUGAAGCAUGGGCAGAAGAUCACCUUCGGAGGGGAAGCUGACCAGGCGCCUGGGGUAGAGCCAGGAGACAUUGUCCUCGUCUUGCAAGAGAAGGAGCACGAGACAUACAAAAGAGAGGCCCAUGACCUGCACAUGACCCAUAAGAUUGGCCUGGUUGAAGCACUUUGUGGAUUCCAGUUUACGUUGAAACACUUAGACGGCAGACAGAUUGUAGUCAAGUACGCUGCUGGCAAAGUCAUUGAGCCAGGCUCGGUCAGAGUUGUGCGAGGAGAGGGGAUGCCACAGUACCGUAAUCCAUUUGAAAAAGGAGACCUGUAUAUUAAAUUUGAUGUGCAGUUCCCAGACAACAACUGGAUCAGCCCCGAUAAACUCAAUGAGCUGGAAGACUUGCUGCCAACACGUGCCGAGGCUCCCAUAGUGUCUGGGGACGCAGAGGAGGUGGACCUGCAGGACUACGACGUCAGCCAGGGCUCGUCUGGAGGACGACGUGAGGCCUACAACGACAGCUCAGAUGAUGAGGGAGGCCACCACGGCCCUGGAGUGCAGUGUGCCCACCAGUAGCAUCUCACGCAGGGGGAAAUGUAUGUGUUGUCCCCCGCUCCCGAUCACGCAUUCCUCACUCUCCUUGUGAGAACACCAGAUAAGAUGGAAAAAGGUCAUUUCUCCUUUGCUUGGUGUGUAACUUGCAUUUUUUUCAUAGUAUUUACAAUAAUUAAUUUAAACUUACUAUAAAAUGCAGUUUUGGCCUCAGCCUCUGGACUGAGAGUUGUGAGUUAGGGGAGGGAGAUCCUGAAAGGACACAAACAUCACAUUUUUAGGUUUGUAUGUUUCUGUGCUUGAUUUUUACCGCUUGAUUUCUUUUUGUAGGUUUUUACUUUUGUUUUCCUUCCUAUAUAGAAAGAAAUUCAAACAUAAGACAUUGUGUAUAAUAUGAAAUUGAUUGUCGGUGAGCUUUAUAUCAGCUGCUCUUAUACAGUGGUGUGAUACAAACACCUGUAUCUGGCCUCAACCCUGGUGCAUGUUAAGACCGCAUUGGUUCCUGCACUGAUUAAACAUCCAAUCUAACGAGCGAAGCUGAAAAAAUACCAUUUAAAAGCGUCAUAACUUCAGUGAAACAAGGUUUAUUAAGUUGUUAAAUAAACGUUCUUCAAAUCUCAAACAGCAA